CUGUCCUUCAGGUUAACUAUAAAGAUAGGACACUGAAGUAUGUACAGCCUCUCCAACAAGGGAGGCCGGACUGCACAUUCAUAACAUUAUGCUUCCUGCAACUCUCAAACUCUGCUGUGGCAUUUCCCACCAACAUCUCCGGAAACUCACCGGUCUGCAGCGGCCAGCAGUUGGCGCGUUUGGAAAAGAAAUGUCAAAAUUUAUUUUGAAGACACCAAGCUGCUUCCCAAAUAUGCCUGCGUCUCUGCAGAAAAUGAUAUGCACAAAAUUAGGAAUUAAUACAGUUCAUGACCACAGAGAAACCACAAUGCUUUCCAGCCAAGAGUUGUUUUACUUUACCCAAGCUGAAGACACACUUCACAAAGCAAUGUGCAUGCUCCAACAAGAUGGCUGGCAGGCUGAAACACACAAGGAGAAUGGUGAUUGGAUUCUCAGCAAGACCUUCCCAAGAAUAGGAAAAGUAUUUCGAGCUGAAGCAGUCAUAGACUCCCCACCAGAACAAAUUUACAGUCAACUUUUUGAAAAACUUGAACAGAUGGAUCAUUGGAACCCAAGCAUCAGUAAAGUACAGGUAAUAAAGAUACUACAAAGGAUUGGAAGAAAUACUGUAUUGACAAGAGAGAUUACAGCCCAGAUUCCUGCAAAUAUGGUCAGCCAGAGAGACUUUGUUAGUGUACGACACUGCUGCCGAAAGGGUUCAGCACUUUAUCUUAUUGGAACUGCCACUGAUUCUAAAUUAAUGCCUCCUCAGAAGGGAAUAAUAAGGGCAGAAGCCGGUCUCACCUUUAUUGUUCUCCGGCCCAUUGAAGGCGACAGUGGAAAAACACAUUUCACAUGGCUUCUGAACUUAGACCUUAAGGGCUGGAUACCUCAAUCUGUGACCGACCAAGCCCUGUCACAGUCACAAGCGGAUUUUAUUAAACAUCUGAGGAGACAUCUAGCAUCAAAAGAAAAGACCUGUUAGUCUGUUAUAGCAACCCCAACUCCAAUAACUGUAUAUACUGCAUGUUCAUUGAUAUCAGUGUAUAUUCCAUUGAACCUGACAUAGAUAGCUAUCUGGUCUUCACCAGAAAUAAGUAGAAACGUAUUUGUCUAUGUUUGGCCCAUUGAUAUCUAUGAUCAAGUGAUCGUGCAUCUAUAUAGUGGUAUAACAAAGAAACAAAUAAAUGAAGUCUAAAUUCCUCGACACUAUAAUACUCAAAUAAAGCUUCUCUUAUGGUCCUACCUUCAAUACUACUAUAGGAAAUAGUCACAUUUGUAGUAUUUUCUAAAUAUAUUCCUGUUUAAUAGUGAUACAAAUCUAUAUAGUAAAGUCAGUCACCAUUAAAAUGCAUGCAAAUAAAAAAUAGUUUGGAUAGAGCGAGGAGACAAAACAUGUCUGACUAGUCCAAUGUCACAAUAAGAAUUAUGCUAAUGAUACUGCCAUCUGCUGGCUAUUUUUUAUGCCUUCUAUACAGAGGGGCUAUAAAUAGAAAUGCGGAGACACUGGGGGGAAUAUAUCAAGAGUGGUGUAUGUGAAGGUUAUUUUUUUUACUUCAGUACACUACUUUGUAUGGUUCCUUCUCUGUGAUUUCUUAACCCGUUGCACCAAAAUGUGUCCACAGCCAGUUUUGUACAACAGGUCUGCGCUGGUGUACAUUUGGGACAAAUUGAGUACACUGUGACAAAUUGAGUACACUGUGACAAAUUGAGUACACUGCGACAAAUUGAGUACACUGCGACAAAUUGAGUACACUGUGACAAAUUGAGUACACUGUGACAAAUUGAGUACACUGCG